AUGUUUUCUGGGAACAUCUCGUUGGUAGCGCAAGAAGAAUCACUGAAAGCCGUCGAUUCAGCUGCAAGUUCCCAGAGUGCGAGCGAAGUCCUCGAGACGGAAAACACGAUAUUUGAAGGCGUGAAUGAUGUUAAUAACGUGGAGAAAGGUGGGUACGGAGGCGAAAAAAUCCCUUCCGACGACGAUGCGGCGGCCUCCGAAACAGCAAUAGUGGAGGAAGAUUCAACGGCAGAUGCGCGAGCUGCCGGCGAACCAAGCGACUGGAUGGGCGACGUGGAAGAGAGCCAAGACGAGGGCCACGAUGCGAGCCGAGACGCGGUCGAAGCUUCGGAGGCUUCCAUCAAUCCCAAUGUGACAGACCCGUCGCCCAAAAGCAAAGACCGCGAAGAAGGUGGAGAUACGAGCAGCGUUCCCUGCCCUGGAGAGAACUUGGGUGGAACCGAGGAAGCUGCUGGCAGCAAGGCGGACCAGGGAAGCAGCGCGCGGGCGCAGGAAGAAGGCGUUGCGGCUGCUGAGGAAGCGUGCGACGUGAGUUUGGACGUGGAGGACGUAAGCGACUCGAACAAGGUUGAUAACGAGGAGGGUGCAGCAGCCGAGGAUGCUACGACACCGUGCGAUGCAUCAGCUGCGGGUGCGACGAAUGCUGGCGACGCACCAGCUGAGGAUGCGACGAAUCUGUGCGAAUCUGUUUUCCAGGGCGGGCGCACUUCAGCCGUCGACGAGAUCGACGCGGCGCCAAUGGCGGACAGCGCGUGCGGGGAUGGCGCGGCAAGCGCGGAAGUAGCAAUCGCAGGCGACGCCGAUGCGUGUGCAAUCGAAGGAGCCAAGGCGGCAGCUGUCGAUGCAACAGGAAGCGGCGUGGACCCAAUAGACGUGGCUGCGAUCACGGACGAAGCGACCGACGCGGAUGGCAAUGCGGACCAUAUCGACUCAGCUCCAAAUACAGUCGCAGGCACAGGCGAAGGAAUGAUCGGCGAGGCGGAUGAGGUGACUGCGACUGGGGACGCCGCGGUAAGUGCAGCACCUGGAGGGGAAACCGCCGCGGCUGGUGACAACAGGAACGAGCACGAGAACGAGAGCGAAGGCGAGCUUGAGCCCGCGCUUGCUGACGGCUCUGCAUGCAAGGAGGCACAGACGCCGGAGGGCAAACCCGUGCCUCCCGGGGAGGGAGUGGCUGUCGAGACAGGGGAGUACGCGGGUAGUAGUGCUUCGGGUGCAGACGCGGGGAGCUCGUUGGGCGGAGAGGCUGGGAGCGAAGCUGCUGCGGGGGUUGCAGCGGAAGCUGCUGAAGAAGUGGAGCACGACGGCGGCGCGUCAGAAAAGGGGACGGACGCGGAAGGGGUGGACGAGAGUGGUGCAGCACCUGAAGCGGCGCCAGUUGCGGCGGACAAGGCGGUGAGCCCGGUUGAAGAGCGGAAAGCGGAGGUGGUGGAGCGUACAGAGAGCGAGGGAGGGGUUACUUGCAUAGAGGACGGUAAUGGUGUGAUUGGGAGCAGCGACGGCGAGAGUGCGGAGGGUGUGGGGGAUGUGCAGCAUGAGGAUCAGAAGAGAUUUUCAGUAGCGGGUGAUGCGGGAAUCGAGGUAGCUUAUAGCGAGGAUGUCGAGAAGGCAGAGGGAGAUGAGGCGAUCACGGAAGAUGAGGUGGAGAAGAGCGAAGAGAUAAAAACGAGCGAAGAGGUGAACAAGACCGAAGAGCAAGAGAGCGAUGGGCGUGGGGAUGUGGCAGAUGAGAAAGCGGGCGAAGGCUUGCAGCGCGAGGAGGCGACCGUUGAGCUAGAGGUGACUGUUGGCGAUGGGGCUGUGAGCGCGGGCGCCGGGAAUGGCGCGCCGAGCGGGGGCGCAGAGAGCGGAGAGGCUGCGGCGGAAAGAAAGGCGGCUGCACAAGAGGCGCGAGGGGCGGGGGGCGCGGAGAAGGCGCACGAGGCAGAGGAGGCGGAGGAGGCGUCGGAGGAGGGGAGCGCAGCGAACGAGGGGUCGGUGGAGGAGUCGCGGGCUGCCGAGGCGGAGGUGGCGGGGGCGGCGGAGGCGGAAAAGGGAAGCGCAACCAUUGAGGGGGCGGAGGAGGAGGCGGAAGAGGGAAGCGCAAGCGAGGGGUCGGUGGAGGAGCUGCGGCUGCUGGCGGACGUGCUGGCGCUGAUGGACUCGGACGCCUCAUCCAACGGCUCCCAUCACUCCUCGUCCGCCUCCUCCGAUGGCGACUCUGCAUCCGACGGUCCAGCGCCUCUUCCUGACGUGGAUAAGCAUGAGGUUGUUCAGCAGGCGGCAGCUGCCGAGGCGCAGGUGAAUGCUCAGGUGGAAGCUGCAGUGAAGGCGCACGUGGCGGCGAUCGAAGCGGAAGCCGCCGCCGCCAUUGAGCGGCGAGUCGCCGCCAGCUUGGAGCACCUGACCGCGGAGCUCGAAGCCAAGCUGGCCGGGCAGCUGGAAGAACGUUUAGCUGCCCGAAUCGAGGAAAAAAUUGCUGCGCGCAUGGAAGAGCGGAUGGCUGCUGACGUGGCAACGCAGGUUACGGUGCGGCUGGCGGAGAUGGAGGCGGAGUGGAAGGAGCGCGCAGCAGGGGGGGCGGAGCACCCGCAGGCCCACGCGCAGGCGCAAGGCGGAGGAAAAGCUCCCGCGCAGGGGCAGGCGGGAUGGCAGAAGUGGAUGCUGUGGGGCGCGCGGGAGGAUGACUUGCGCAAGCAGGCGGAAGAGGAGCGGCGGAGGGAGAUUGCGCGCGUGAAGGAGCAGCUGGAGGAGCAGUGGGGCGCGGAGGUUCACAAGCUGCAGGCGCUCAUGCAGGCGGAACGCGCUAUUUCCGCGGAACGCCUGCAGGCGCUGGAGCGUCGCUGGCAGAGCGCGCAGGCGGAGCUGGCGGAAGGCAUCCGCGCGGCGCAGGAGCUUGCGGUGAUGAAGGUCGCAGCGGUGGAGGAGCGGUGGGGCGCGAAGGAGGCGGGGAUGCUGCAGGCGAUGGCGGAAGAGAUGCAGCGCCAGGUGGCGGAGCUCAAGGCGGAGCAGGCGGGGUGGGUGGGGCGCGUGGAGGACAUGCGCUUCCGCGUAUCCGCGGAGCUCAAGCAGGCGGAGGGGCGGCUGCACGCGGCGCAGGAGGCGUGGGCGGGGCGGCUGGCGGAGAUGCAGGCGCAGGCGGACGCGGGACGGCUUGCGGACGCGGGGAGACUGGCGGAGAUGGAGCGCGAGUGGGAGGGGAAAUUGGCGGAAGUGCGGAAACACGUGGAGGAGGAGAGGCGGAGGGGCGUAAAACGGUGCAAAGUGGUGGAGGAAACAGUCGGGAAGAAGGUAGAGGAGAGCCGGCGGGCGGCAGAAGUGGAGCUCGAGAAGGCUCUGCAGCGCGAGGCGGAAGCGCGCAAGGAGCAGGCGGAAGCCGCAUCCGCGCGUGCCGCAGAGAUCGCCGCGCAAGUGGAGGAAGCCGCGCGGCAGGCGGAGGAGGAGCGCAAGCGGAACCUGAAGCGCGCGGCGAAGAUCUUGAAGGACUGCGCGGCGAAGACGGAGGCAGUAGAGCAGCGCUUGGGGGAGGCGGAAAAGCGCAUCGACGCGGAGCGCAAGGCGCAGCGCGAGGCGGUUGCGCGGAUCCACGCGCAGUUCGAGAUGAUGGAGGUGGCGUGGGGGAAGCGCGUGGAGCAGACGAAGGCGGAGGUGGCGGAGAUGCAGGCGGAGGCGCGCGCGCAGCGGCGGCGGGACGAGGAAGCGCUGGGCGCGGUGAAGGCGGAGUGGGCGGAGUGGGCGGGGGAGCUGCAGCGGCAGACGCAGGCGGCGCUGGGUGAGGACGCGAAGAAACUCGAGCUGCUGGACGAGGUGGUGCUGCAGCUCUUUUCCGCCCACGUGCGCGCACAGCUCUCCUCACUGCGCCAGCGCCUCGACGACACCGCCCAGACGCACGCAGACAAACUGCGCCACCUCCAGGACAACAUUGCCGCCCGCCUCGACGCCGCCCGCAAGCGGCUAGAAGACGAGCGACGUGCGGAGGGGGAGCAGCUGCAGCAGUGGGAGCGGCUGUGGGGGGUGGCGGCGCAUAGCAAGUGGGGGGAGACGGUGGCCGGGCGGCACCGGAGGGAGGCAGAGCGGUUGAGAGAGGUGCAGGAGCAGUGGGCGGGGCGGGUGGUGGCACUGCAGAAACGAGAGGAGGAGGAGCGACGGGGUGUUGCAGAGCAAUUGAAGAAGCUUAUAGAGAGGCUGGAAAAGGGGGAGGUGUUGGCGGCUGCAGAGGAAGGGAGGAAGCAGCAGCAUGUGACCGUGCAGCAACUCAUGGAGGCUGAAGCAGAGCGAGUGGUGGCAGCCAGAGCAGCCCUGGACCGGUACGGCCUGGGGAUAGUGCAGCGCAGCACGCUGCGUUUCUCCCACCACCCCGACAUCGCCGACGCCGACGCUGCCCUGCUCCUGCAGGCCCUCCGCCGCUUCCGCCCACACCUCCUCCCCACCAUCUCCGCACUCUCCUUCAGCUGGGGCUCUCCCCCGGGUGCCCUUGAUCUGCGCUGCUGCGCUGGGCUCACGCCUGCUGGGCUGCGCCAUGUCAGCAAGCUGACCCAGCUGGAGCGGCUGGAGCUGUGUGAUGCACGUGGCGUGACGGAUGCUGUGCUGGCACAUGUGGCGGAGAUCCCGGGGCUGCGGUAUUUGGAUAUUAGUGGGUGUGUGGGGGUGACGGAUGCGGGUAUGGUCCAUGUAGCGCGCAUGGUGGGGUUGAGGCAGCUCAGGAUGACUGGAUGCCCUCAGGUGACCAGUGUGGGGGUGAGACUGCUGCCUGGCUGUGUGCAGGUCACACGCUAA